GGUUUGAUGGCCUCCGGAGGGGGCCUCGAAGCCAUUUUACGUAAUAAUUGGAGGUCCCUGGGGUGAAUGAUGCAAAGUCACUGAUAAGAGGUGAGACGGGAUGAGGCAGAGAUAGGAUUGUUCCGAGACACAAAGGAUGGAUUGGGAGUAGUGGCGGUGCAAUAUCGGUGAUGUCCGGGCCGGGCGUUGUCAGACGAUACAACAUGCGGGGAGACCCACGUGAAGUCUCAUCAUGUGAUAUAAACUCGUCAUGUUCGGACAAGCACCUAUCGUACCUCUUGAACUCCAGUAUUUGGUUAUCGACGCGAUCGACGCAGACGGCCCAACAUACCCUGAACCCAAUCUUCGUUUGCGAUGGCUGCGCACGGCUGGGAUCAGACCCUGUCACCUCCCCCUCCGUCUCGUCUGCUCAAGCUGGCAUGACUACACCUCGCGGCUUUUCUUCGGACUCUUCAAACACAUCGUUCUACGCGGCGACGACCACGCAGUGCGCUUUUGUGCGCUUGUGCGCGCCAGUCCGCGUGCGGCGAUACUUGUGCAAAGCCUCGUCGCGAUCCACAGACUGUCGGUCACAGCGGGCUUGGCAGAUCUCCUGUCCGAGGACAUGCAACGGCGCCUCCCGAGCCUGCGCUCGCUCAAAUUCCAGCACCCGCAGUUCUCGGCCAUCCCGCGCGAGAAGCAGAUGGGGACCUGGGCCCAGUUAGAGCAGGUGCGCUUCGACGGGCGGUUCGUCUUCGAGACCGCGGACGGCCUGUGGGACUGGGUUGCGCUCUUUGCGGGGUGUAGAUCGCUUUCUUUCGCGGGGCGGAUCUGGAACACACCAAUCCCGAAAGGAGUGGUACCACCGUCCGACCCUCCGCGCGUCCACCUGCGGUCUCUGAGCUUCAUCGCGUCGUGGACCAUCGAGCAGGUGGUUCCCGCAGCGUUGGCCUCCCCGAAUCUCCGCGUCGAUAAGCUGACACUCGUCCUCUACGACCCUUCCUGCUUCACAUCCCUUCUCCGCGUCCUCUGCUCUAAGCUCCAAGAGCUGAGGCUCUCGCGCGCCAACUUGCGCGACGCAACCCCGCUACCACUGGCGGAUGGCUGCUGCACCGAGCUACACACGGGCACCCUCAAUCUCUUGAGGCUCGAUACGCAGGAGAUGGCUCUCGUGCUAUCUGACAUCCAAAUGGCCAACGUCGAUCAGGUGACACUCAUAGCACAGUCCUGGGGCGAACUGGAUACGCUGCUCGCCGGAACUGUCGACCGUGUCUGCAUCUACUUGCCCAUCUCUCCGGAUGAUGCAGAAGAUCCGGGGCAGCUCGCGUUAGAGGAUGCCCUGAAAGCGUGUAUGCCUCAGCUGACUGAUCUCGGUGCUCUCCAGUUUGGGCCAAGAGAGGAGAAGCUGCCCUAUUUCAGUGUGUGGACCUGACAGUGACAAAGGCGCUUAUACGAUUA